AUCUGCUGCGAGCGGCUGAGACUGAACACCUCGUACCAACUUCUUGGAUUUGCCGAGAUUUUUUUUCUCUCAUCUCGAACGCGCUCGCCGCGGGUUUCGCGAUCAUUCUGACGAACUACUCCGCGAUUUUCAUGCAUUCGCUGUCGGAUAAGCAGCACGAUGUUCGCUCGUUGAGUUGACACAUGACUGCAUUCAACCAUCGCUUUUAUUUCACAGGGUUUUUAUGUUUUAAAAGAUUGGCUACAAAGGUCGUAGUGGAUUGAUUGUCGGAGAUCAGAAUUUGGUGGUUGGAUGAGAACGUCGAUGUGAUUUAAACCCCAGACGAAUACGAACAUUUAUUUCUCUCUGCUCGUGAACGAAGUGGCCUAUCGGAUUUGUUUUAAUAGGUGGAUUUAAAAAAAAAUCCAUCCCAUUUCAGAGGGGAAAAUUAGGACAAGUCGACCGACACCCCUCACAAAGGGGUUCCGCACAGCCGAGCGAACGGCAUGUUGUGACUCCGUGUGUUUUUGACAAAACUGGCACAUGUUUCGUGUAGAUAAAUAGGUCGUUUGGAAGAUUUUGUGGUAUUUGAAGACAUGGACAUUAUUUUGCCAUUCGAUUAGCAUAUGAAGUUAUAAGUGAUUUUUAAACUCAUUUUUUAACCUAUCGCUUUAAAUGUCGAUCAGCUGAAUUUUUAUUUCUGUUACAAACUUCACUGAAACACUUUAUUUCAUUUUCUCCAUAUUUUAGUGUGAAGUUAAAAGUUUUUCCCCCUCUCGUGACUCGGUGGCUUUUCUCUGUACUGUGAAGAAUCCCACCGUGCGAUUGUUCAUUCCUGAUGGGUACAAGACCCAGCUGACGAUUCUUGAACCUUCACACUGUUUGCCCAUCUUUGUAAACAUUUCCCAGUCAAACACUCGUGAUUCCACGAUGGAGCUCUUCUUCUCCAGGAAUGUGUCCGUGCUCUGGAUUAUCCUGCUGGAGUUCCUGCUGAAAUCAGUGGCGGAGGAAGAGGUCCUGAUGAAUACGAAGACUGAGACAUCAGAUCUGAAGUGGACGACGUUCUCUCGUGGUAAACCUGAGUGGGACGAGGUCAGUGGCCUGGAUGAGGAGAACAACAGCGUGAGGACCUAUCAGAUCUGCCAGGCCGACGGGGCGUCCAGUCACUGGCUGCGCAGCAAACUCAUCGACCGGCGAGGGGCGUCUCAGGUGUACGUGGAGCUGCUCUUCACCAUGAUCGAAUGUUCAUCGCGGCUCACACAUCACCGGUCCUGCAAAGAGACCUUUAACCUUUACUACUACCAGAGUGACACGGAUGACGCGACGGCAAGCUACCCCGCAUGGAUGGAGAACCCCUACACCAAGGUCGACACGGUGGCCGCAGACUUCUUGCUCCGUGCAGGUGGAGAGAAGAAGCCGAACAUCAAGACGCUGCGUCUGGGCCCGUUGACCAAACGGGGAUUUUACUUGGCGUUCCAGGCCCAGGGAGCGUGCAUGGCCCUUUUAUCCGUGCGCGUCUUCUUUAAGAAGUGUCCGGCCCUCACGCGCUCACUCUCCGUGUUCCCGGAGACGGUUCCUCGCUCGCUGGUGCAGGAGGCAGUGGGCCAGUGUGUGGCAAACGCAGCUCAGCCUGGACCGAAUCCCAGACCGCCUAAGAUGUUCUGUGGAGAAGAUGGACAGUGGGUGGACCAGCCCACCACCACCUGCACUUGCCUGCCGGGCUUUGAGGCCAGCCAUGGAGAUCUGGAGUGUAGAGCGUGUCCCGCGGGUCAUUUUAAGAUGGGUUCUGGUCCGGGUCCGUGUUCUGCGUGUCCUGACUCCAGUCACACAGGAGAGACGGGCUCUUCGUCGUGUGUGUGUCGGCCUGGUUUCUACCGCGCUCCCACCGACAGUCCCGACAUACCCUGCACACGUCCGCCCUCGUCCCCACGCAGCCCUGUUCCUCAGGUCAAUGACACGUCUCUCACGCUGGAGUGGAGCGAGCCGUUGGACAGCGGGGGCCGAUCGGACCUCACCUACAGCGUGGAGUGUCGGAUGUGUCCGACCCCCAGGAGCCCGUGUGUGUUGUGCGGGGACGGUGUGAAUUAUCGGCCCUCUCAGACUGGGAUCCAGGGCCGACGCGUGAGCAUUUGGGGACUCCGACCUCACACCACCUACAGCUUCACCGUGAUGGCCUUAAACGGGGUCUCGGCUCUGAGUGUACCGGGGCCCGCGGGGGAAAUCAUCAACAUCACCACCAGCCCCAACGUUCCUGUACUGGUGUCGGGUUUGAGGAAGAGCACAGCCACAGAAUCCAGUCUGACGCUGCUCUGGAACACACCGACACAAUCACACUACAGGAUCCUACAGUAUCAACUACGCUACUGUGAGAAGGAGCGUGGCUUCGAGGAGAACUCCUGUCAUUAUACGGAGAGCAAUGUCAACGAGGUUGUGCUGAGCGACUUGCGCAGAGCCACGCAGUACGAGGUCCAGGUCCGCGCGCGCACUUUGGCCGGCUACGGCAGCUUCGGUCAAGCCAUCGUCUUUCGAACCCUGCCUGACGAAGAUGAUUCCUCGUCUCCGCUGCUUGUUACCGGGAUCCUCAUAGCCGUGGGCAUGCUGCUCCUCAUCAUCGUCAUCGCUGCCGCUAUCUACUGUAUACG